AUGGCAGCCGCGGCUGUUGCUGGCAGCAGCUGGGCUAGGCUGCGUGACUGCAUCAGCGCAUACAGCCCCAGCGAGUCUGUCUCCGACACUUUUGUGUGGUCCUUACACGAUAACGCCGAGUUCACCGUUGCGAGCAUUGCUUCCGUGAUUGAUAGCGCGAAGUCUUGUGCUUGGGAUUAUCAUGUGAUUAAUUCGUUGAAGGUAAUGUGGGAUCUUAAACUUCCUCCCAAGAUUAAGGUCUUUACUUGGCGGCUUUUUAUUGACCGGCUUCCUACUAGAGAUAAUUUGUUGAAAAGAGGUGUGACUAGUGUUGUGUGUCCGAAUUGUGUGAUGUGCGGCUCCUCUCUUGAAUCUUCUUCCCAUUUAUUCUUUUUUUGUCAAGAGGUGAAAGCGGUUUGGAACUAUGUAUUCACGUGGCUUGAUAUAGCGGAGGAGAUUACUGUGGAUGAUUUUCUUAGGUUCGAAGUCAUCCAAGAAAAGGCGUUAGGUGGCAAGCGUAGAAUUGCGAUCAAUUUUGUUUGA